AUGAAAAUUAAAGCACUUAUUACACCAAGAUCUACUCUGACACUGUUUCCAACAAGCAAAUAUAACAACGCACGGCUAGAUGAGCUGGCCUCUAAGCUGAGCACGUUCAGGAACGUGAAUCAAGAGAUUGAUUCACAGGCCCGUGCUGACCUGUCAAUGAUGGAUGAAAUACAGAAUUCUUUUGGCUCGAUGUACUCAAACCUCAGAAAUUCAUCGAGUAGGUUGGCGAGAUCAAUGAAAGCCGGAAAUAACAUAUGGAAGAUGGUUGGUGUGGCGCUGGCCAUAUUUUUCUUGACUUAUGGUCUUUUUAAGGUGUUCUAA